AUGGCUCAAGCACCGCGUAACAUCCUCGUCGUUGGCGCAACGGGCAAGCAAGGAGGUGCUGUAUGCCGUGCUCUCAUCGAGCAACCACUUCCUUUUGACUUCAAAAUUCUCGCCCUGACACGAAACGCAAACUCAGCAUCCGCGAAACGCCUCCAGGCCAUCGACAGCGAACGUAUACAGCUUGUUUCCGGCGACCUCAGUGACGCGGAAGCAGUGUUCACCGCCAUAGACGCUCCAGUAUGGGCCGUGUUUCUCGUCACCAAUCCUUAUCAUGGCAAAAACGCGCCUGAUGGUCGCAACCUGGAGACAAAGCACGGCAUCGACAUGCUAGAAGCCGCGAUUCGGCAUCAGGUGUCCCACUUCAUAUUUUCUUCCGUCGACAGAGGCGGAAGCGAAAAGUCACUCACCAACCCAACCGAAAUCUCACACUUCGCAACAAAGCACGAAAUUGAGCUCGCGAUCGUGGAUAAAGUCCCGAAGGCGUGGCAUGACAUGGACUACACCAUCCUCAGACCCGUGGCAUUCAUGGACAACCUCGGCCCCAACUUGUUCGGGCGCUUAUUCGCGGUGAUGUGGGCAGAUACCUUGGGAGAUGAGAAACCCCUACAACUCAUCGCGACGAAGGACAUUGGACGCAUUGCUCGUCAGGCGCUGGCAGAGGCAGAGGACGAGGGCUCGAGGUUUCGAAAUAAGGGCAUCAGCAUCGCGGGAGAUGAGCUCACGCAGCGAGAAGCGGACAAGAUCUUUUGGAAGCUGUACGGGAGGCCAAUGCCACAAGCGUGGGUGUUGGCGGGAAGGGCACUGCAGUGGGGUGUGGGCGAUGUCGGUGUGAUGUUCAAGUGGUUCAGAGAGGAAGGCUAUGGGGCAAAGAUUGAGGAGGUGAGGAGCAUUGAGCCGAAGCUGAUGGGGCUGGAGGAAUAUUUGAGGGAAGAGAGUGGAUUCUUGAGAUGA